ACUUCCUUGUGCAUGGUUGUUGGCGUUGUUUCUGUGUUUUCUUUUCGGAUAUGAUUUGUUAGAUUCGAUUCCGGUGCGUGGGUAAAUGUACAUGUUCACAUUAAAGAGAAGCAUAACAUUCAUCAUCAUCAUCAGCAGCAGCAUCUACCCUAGCUAAAAAAAAAGCACAACCUUCCCUAAACAUCGGUACGCGCGACGAUCACUUCGAUAUAUGUAGAAAAGCUCGUGAGUGUGUGUGUGUAGUGUAUGUGUGUGUGUGUGAAAUUCUUUAAAUUUAAGCAAAAUUCCAUCGCUGCACGCUGCUCGCCAAGUUCGCCGGCCUGAAAUCAUUGGCGGUUGGUAUAUCGCGUUAUAAAUUGUGAGUGCUUAGGAGGAAAGUGAGACAACAACAACUGCCGAAGCAGCAGCAGCAACAAUAAGAAUAGCCGCAAUACCUGCAACAACAGCAACAACAACAACAACAAAAUGGAUGUUCUCAUGCAUGAUGUGAUACAUUGGUAUAGGGACCUAAUGGACAAUAAAAGCGAUCCGCGCGUUAAAAAUUUCUUUCUGGCCUCAUCGCCGCUGCCCACGCUUUGUAUGUGCGUAUUUUAUGCGUACUUCAGCAAAUCCCUGGGUCCGAGACUGAUGGCAAAUAGGAAGCCCAUGGAUCUGCGCAAGGUGCUUGUGUACUACAAUGCCAUACAGACCAUAUUCAGUGCGUGGAUUUUCUAUGAGUACUUAAUGAGCGGCUGGUGGGGUCACUACAGUUUCAAGUGCCAGCCUGUGGACUACAGCAAUAGCCCCAUGGCAAUGCGGAUGGUGAAUAUCUGCUGGUGGUAUUACAUAUCAAAGUUCACAGAAUUCUUUGACACGCUCUUCUUUGUGCUGCGCAAGAAGAACGAGCACGUUUCAACGCUGCAUGUCAUACACCAUGGCUGCAUGCCGUUCUCGGUAUGGAUGGGCCUCAAAUUUGCACCGGGCGGCCACAGCACAUUCUUUGCCCUGCUCAACUCGUUUGUACAUAUUGUGAUGUAUUUCUACUACAUGAUCGCGGCAAUGGGUCCCAAAUAUCAGAAGUUCAUUUGGUGGAAGAAAUAUCUGACCACCUUCCAAAUGGUGCAAUUUGUGGCCAUAUUCACGCAUCAGUUCCAGCUUUUGUUCCGCGAGUGCGACUAUCCCAGUGGUUUUAUGGUCUGGAUUGGUCUGCACGGCGUCAUGUUCCUAUUCCUGUUCUCCGACUUCUACAAAGCCAAAUAUCGUCGGCCACGCGAGCCGAUCAAGGCCAACGGUCACACGAAUGGUGUGCACACAAAUGGCAAAGUCAAAUACAUGGCUGAUGCUGGCGAUACACAGCUAACGAAUGGCGGCAACAAGGGAGCCUGCAUGCCCGUUUUGGAGGAAGAGUAUGUGAAGAGCAAUGGUCAUGCGGCGUCGGCCUUUCAGGAUGGUUACUUCAAGGAGGGCGUACUAUCGAGCAAUGGUGCCAUCUUGAAUCCGGACAGCAGUAGCUCUAGUCUGCACCAGCGCAAAGUCAAAUAACUACUACUAAGACGUACUACGAUGAUAUUCAUUAUGUUUACUUUAAGUGUUUAGCAUGUAAUGGAAUUGAGAGCUAGGCAUUCAAAUCGAGAACGGGCGAACGGCAGAUGAGUAAUGCAUUAAGGCAAUUAUGACCAUUGGUAACCAAAAUUUGCAAAAUCAAAACAAAUAAUAGAAGACCCUUAUUUGUUUUUAAUAAUUUAUGAUAAAUAUAUAAUAUACAUACGUACAUACAUAUACAUUGUAAAGGCCAAAUGUUCAGUGUAUGAUAAUGAUAGGCCGAUGUGGCCGUUACAUAAGCAAAACAGAACCAGGGAACCUUAACUCCCUCCACAACCACCACUACCACGACAUCCACCUCCACCUCUUACACCAGAAAGACCAUCAGCACCACUAAACAAAAAACAAAAAAAAAACGUUGCUAUACAUUUUUAUAUAUGUGUAUUUUCAAUAAUAUUAACCCAUAAAUGAACAUAUUUUUUGUAAAAAUAUUUGUAGGCUCAAUUUGCAUUUCUCAAUUGAGGCGUAUUCUAAACUGGCAGCAGGUAUCAUUUUUAUCUGAUAGGGUAUAUAUAUAUUGAAUACAUACACAUACAUAGAUACACCCACACUUACAACAAAUGAUAUGCAUAAACUUAUAGUUAUACAUACCUAUACAUAACGACGAUACACUCACAGAACUAGGCAUUAACUUUUAUAUGACAAUUUUGGGUAACACUGUGAGACGUCAACCUAACGAUAAAGAUAAAAGACAACAGACAUGCUCUUAAGCCUGCUUUAAACUUAAACGUUAAACUAUUUGUAGCUUGUUUAUUUGUAUAUUCUGAGAUAGAGAGAGAGAGAGAGAGAGAGAGAGAGAAAGAGAGUAAAAUGUUUGUUGCAAUAUUUUGUAAAAGUCUAAUAGUAAACACUUAUAUAUAGUGCGAUGUUGUAGUUAGCUAGCCAAUUGCAAAACAAAAACAAAAAAACAAAAACAAAACAUUUAACAAAACACACAUUUAGCACAAAUGCUGAUGCUGCGAAAACAACAAAACAUUAUCAAGGAAUAGCUUUAGACUUUAAGUGCAAAAAUAGCUGAAAGUGACGACAAUCAGUUCGGCUUUGGGCCCCCAUUUGUGAAUUAGAAGCAAACAAAAUGUAAGCAACUUUUCAACUUGAAAAUAAGAUAACUAUUUUGCUGUUCGUUUUUAUUAUUUCUAUGUAAAUGUUCGAUGUGGCUUAUGUGCGUAUUAUAUUUGUUACCCCAUUUUCGGUUUGUAAAUGUUAAAACAUUAUUUUUUUUUGGAUUUUGUUAUAGAGCAAAAUGAGAAAAGAUUUAAGAGUUAUUUGUAUAACAGUCUAUUAAUCUGUGCAUUGGUUUCUUUGUUAAGUUGUGGUUUAAGCUGACAAGUUCAAAAACUAUGGAAAACAUGAGUAAAAAGCUUAUUAUUUAUAUUAAAGAAAUAUG